AUGGGUGCUAAGUCGGAUACCUCAAUCAAACAUGGAGAAAGGUAUGUUCUUGAUGUUACAGUAGGCUUUUUCGUUGCACAAAGAAGCAGAUCCGCCCCAUUUUUCCGAGAGAGGCACAGAAUUAUUUGAUUUAUUUGAGAAGGGCACAGAAAUAUUUGAUUCACCUAAAAAAUUGUUGGGAAGAGGCUCAGAAUUAUUUGAACAAUCUAAAAAUUUGUUUUUGAGGGAGGCACAGAAUUAUUUGAACAACCUGAAAAUUGUUUUGAGAAGGAGCACAGAAUUAUUUGAACAACCUAAAAAUUUUUUAAGGGGCUCAAAAUUAUUUGAACAACCAAAAAAAAUCUGUUUUGGGAGGCACAUAAUUAUUUAAACAACCUUUUAACUUCAGUCAAGACAGUAUAACCUCAGCCAGUGCCAAGUCCAACACCUCUUCCAUCUCCUCCGACGACCUCUCUUGCUUGCCCAAAUCGACCGGUAAAAAGUUUAUUUACCCGAAGACCUUGAACGAUCUUAUAUCGACCGGAAACGAAGAGAAAAAGCGACAGAUUGGGAAGAAAAUCGGGAUCCUGGACAAGAAAAUGGUCGAGCUGAAGGAGGAUUUGAGGAAGAAAUGGGCGGAAGUGAAGAGAGAGAGAAAGGAAUACGGAGAGACGACAGACGGAAAAAUUGAAGGGAACAAGGAAAAUGGUAAGGACAACCAGGAGGGGAUUAUUCAAAGUAAGGCUGUAUUCCACCUUACCUUAUUAUCCCCUACCAUACCCUACCCUACCCUAUCUUACCUACCCUGUACUACCCUAAAUAGUCGCGACCAGUAGACAUGCGGAACAGGCCAGGCCUGAGCAAAAUUUAGGUCGUGCCGGGCCUGGAAAUCCCGCAAAAAGCCCCGACCCUCGCCUCAGACCAAAAGUGCCCACCCUGCUAUGUUCGCGACCCACCUUACUCUACCUCGCUUUUUGAAAUGGCAAGAACUUUCUUUACGAAGCACAAAAUGGCAAGAACUUUCUUUACAACUCAAAAAAUGGAAAGAACUUUCUUUACAAGACAAAAAAUGAUAAGACAUUUUUUUAGAGGAUAACUUGUCACCCGCAUCCCGCAGGAUUCAAGAAAAGAUUUUUUUAACAAUUAUAACGCGUAAAAUGAAAAGAACUCUUUACAAGGCAAAAAAUGGCAAGAACUUUCUUUACACAACAAAAAAUGACAAGAACUUUCUUUACAAUUUAAUUUUCAGCCAAAACCGACUUCUUUAUUGCCCUGAUGAGCAACAAGGACAUUGACGAUCGGAGCCGUAAAUCCUUUGGCACGUUGGAUGGCAAUUUGAAAAGUUAUGAACGAUUUGCGUACGAUGAAAGCUUGGCCAAAUAUUACGAAGCCAGAGACGAUAGAAAUGAGAUUAUUGAGAAGACUAGAAUAAUGCUGGACUAUGCUUGGGAGAUGGCUUGUCGCUGCGAAAGGAAGAGGAAGGAGGUCGAGGUGGUCAAGGAUAACAUUAUUCAAGGACAUUUGGACCGCCGAAGCCAGAGUGGUAGGUAGAGUAGGGUAAGGUAGGAUACGGUAGGGUGGGGUAUUGCAGGGUGGGAUAAGGUAGGGUAGGGCCGGGUAGGGUAAGGUAGGGCAGGGUAGGGUAGAAUAGAGUAGGGUAUGGCAGGGUAGAGUACCGUAGGGUGGGUAGGGUAUGUUAGGGUAAAUAUAACUUCAAUUUUUCAGACACGUCAAGAAGCCGAAAGCCUUUGAGUUACCGUACUAUCCAACGCAAGUUCAGUGUCUACAACAACAUGGACAUUUUGAAUUCGCGCAGUAAAAGCAGCAUGGGAUAA